AUGGAGACUCGCACUCUUUCAGAAAUAUUACACGAUAACUCUCUCCCUCAACAGUUCUUGAUUCAGAGUUCCUCCAUCUCUUCCAAUCCCUAUCAUCCGACAUCAGGUCGAUGGCUAUCGCCAUGCCCUACCAGUUCUUCCACCCCUUUCAAUCCAAGAGCUGGGGUGAACCAGAGUAAUACUCUGGGGUCUCCAAGUCCACCCGUGUCUCAAAGCUCUCCCCCAUUCAAGAAAAGACGAAGAAACGUCGCGGUGGAUAAACAAGAUAAAAGGCUAGUAACUGGCGAAUGGUUGAAAUUAAAAGCAGCCUUUAAAGAUAAACCUUUGCCGACAACAUCAUUCAAGGCGAUUUUGACUCCUGAAGGUCUCAUCGAUUCAAAUCUUCCAAAGGGACGACGCUUGUAUAAAUUUAUAACGACAGCAGCAAACAAUAUAGCCAACCAGAUUAUUGCACACCGCCUUUCUUUAAUCUAUUCAGUCCACGAGAUUGAUUCUCAUUCCAAAUAUGAGUGUGGGAAGAAACUAAAGACUGGGGCAUACGAACAAGUUUCAAAAGAAUGGGAUUGCUCUCUUGCGUGUGUGAAACUAUGCGAGCGACGGGGUAAGAGUUAUACUAGAUUGAUACAAGAAGCUGGCCCAGCUAUUAUCUUCGAACUGGAUAAUGAUGUUUCGAGUUUAGACGACCAACGGAAGUUAUUCAUUCAGUGGCUUCUCCAAUCUAAGCAAAAUCGAUUCGCGAAAUGCAUAUCGGCAGCAAAAAUCAUACUUGAGGGGCUAAUUACUUAUGGAUAUACUUAUCGCGAACUUCGAACAACUCAGAGCCGUCUGCUCAGCGUAUUGAGAGUUUACCUUAGCUGGGAAGAUGAUGAUCCCAACGACCCUGCACAUCAAACGCCGGUUAACCACUCGGGUACCUCAAAUCAAGAAAACAGACGCAGCACUGUUGAUGUUGCAACCGAUGCCGCAUCCUCAACAAGCUCAAUAUCUUCUGCGCAACACGUUGAACCAAAUCAAAACGAAAUGGUUGACCUGUCCACGGUCGAAUUGCCAGCGGAUUACCGGCGAAAUUUAGUUGAAGAUACAGCUCAAAAUGCGGUCGGUCGAUCUUUCUCACAGUUGGUGCGUACGACUUCGACCGCUGAACCAUACAUACCAAACACCGACUACUGGGCAGCGCAGCCUGACGACAUCGUCACUUCGCCCACUGAAACUUACAUGCCAUGCACCGACUACUGGGCAGCGCAGCCUGACGACUACUGGGCAACACAGUCCGGCGGCCUUGACACUGAAACUCAUAUGUUUGACACUCAGUUGCUAACAACAACUGCCUCUCAGCCGCAGUUGAACACGGUCAAUAUCCGAGGUUAUGGCAGUGUUCACUCACAUGGGGACAACAAUGGAUCUCUGCAAAGCCACCAUACUUCAUCGUUUCGCUCAGAAGCUUGUAAUGCUUAA